ACUUCGGAUUUGGAACAGUACACCCUUAUUUCUUCUUUUGGAGUGCUUUCUCAUCUAAAAUGACGAAGGGUACAUCCAGUUUUGGUAAGCGGCGUAACAAGACGCACACGUUGUGCAGAAGAUGUGGACGUAGCUCUUAUCACAUCCAGAAGUCCAAAUGUGCACAAUGUGGCUAUCCAGCUAAGAAAAUGCGUUCAUAUAACUGGUCAGUCAAGGCAAAGAGGAGGAAGACCACUGGCACUGGUCGCAUGCGUCAUCUUAAAAUCGUACGCCGUAAAUUCAAGAAUGGAUUCAGGGAAGGCUUGCCAAAACCCAAAGCUGUUGCAGCUAAGUAAUACAUCGAUUCCCUUUGUCUUAUUGUCUAAUUAAGUUGUACAAUUUUGACUAUCAAUAAAAAAAUCCAAUCAUAAAAUUAA